CUGGUUGCGCGAGUCCUGAUCGCGCACGAAUGUUCCGAAGCCGCCGCGAGGAAAAGUGGGGUUAGGUUGCAGCAGAGGGAGAGGAGUUUUCUCGGAGCGAAAAGAGGGGAUAGAACAUCGGUGUGGAGCAGAAGUAAACGUAUAGUUCUUUGUCCCCGACGAAGCCGUGCGAGGAAGGAGUAAGCGAGACGGCGCGAGCGGUACGUGGAGAAAGCGAGAGAGAGUUAUCCGGCGACGAGCGAGCCAGAGAGAGACAGAGUAACAGGUUAAAACGCAACAAUGUUCGACGUAUUCGGCUCGGUGAAGGGACUGUUGAAGCUCGACGCCGUGUGCAUCGACAACAACGUGUUCCGGCUCCACUACAAGGCGACGGUGAUCAUACUGAUCGCCUUCUCGUUGCUGGUCACGUCCAGACAGUACAUCGGUGACCCCAUAGAUUGCAUCGUGGACGAGAUACCUCUCCACGUGAUGGACACCUACUGCUGGAUCUACUCGACGUUCACCAUCCCGGACCGGACCGGGAUCGUGGGCAAGGACCUGGUGCAGCCGGGCGUAGCGGCCCACGUCGAGGGCGAGGACGAGGUCAAGUACCACAAGUACUACCAGUGGGUGUGCUUCACGCUCUUCUUCCAGGCGAUACUGUUCUACGUGCCACGGUACCUCUGGAAGACCUGGGAGGGGGGCCGGAUCAAGAUGCUGGUACUCGACCUGAACUGCCCGGUGAUGAGCGAGGACUGCAAGGUGGAGAGGAGGAAGCUCCUGGUCGACUACUUCGUCAGCAACCUGCACACCCAGAACUUCUACGCGUUCCGAUUCUUCCUUUGCGAGGUGCUGAACUUCGUGAACGUGGUGGGCCAGAUAUACUUCAUGGACUUCUUCCUGGACGGGGAGUUCACCACGUACGGCUCGGACGUGAUGAAGUUCACCGAGAUGGAGCCCGAGGAGAGGAUCGACCCCAUGUCGCGCGUCUUCCCCAAGGUCACCAAAUGUACGUUCCACAAGUACGGUGCGUCCGGGACGGUGCAGAAGUUCGACGGGCUGUGCGUGCUCCCGUUGAACAUCGUCAACGAGAAGAUCUACGUGUUCCUCUGGUUCUGGUUCAUCAUCCUGUCGGUGCUUAGCGGGCUGACCCUCGCCUACCGUGCCGCGGUCGUCGCCGGACCGAAGCUUCGUCUGGUGCUGCUGCGCGCCCGGUCGCGGCUCUCGCCCCAGGACCACAUCGAAACCAUCGCCGAGAAGUGCCAGAUCGGCGACUGGUUCGUCCUCUACCAGCUCGGCAAGAACAUAGACCCGCUGGUUUACAAGCAGCUCGUCUCGGACCUCGCCACCAAGCUCCAGGGAAAAGAAUCCGUCUAGUUUCUAGUUUCGUUCCUUUAUUUUCGCAUUUUUCGAUACCCUCGACCCCGCCUCUACACAUCCGGUUUCGUACAGAAAUUGCAGCCGGGUCGGAAGGGUCGGUGUCUCUUCGUUCUUACUUCGGUCGGCGCGACGGAGACGGGGAAACUUUCGGUCGAACAACUGUCGCACAACUGUCGAACGAUUUAUCUAUCUACAGGGUGUCUCGAACAUUUUGUAACACAUUGACAAGGCUGGUUCGGGAGGUGAUUUGAAACAACUUUUUCCUUGGCGAAAAUGUUGUACGAGGCUUCGUUAAGGAGAUAGCAACGAAAAACUCCGGACCAAUCAGAGCGCGAGGAGGCCGGCGGAGCGCCCGCGGCAGCGUAUGAGCGCGGCCGCCUAGCGCGUAGCCACG